GGGCGUUUUCGUAUCCCUCGCGGGCUGCGGCCUGCUCUGUCUGUCACCUCCUGCUGCGUAGUUCUAGCUGAACAAGACUCGUCCUCUCCCCGUUGCGCAGACGGGAGAGGCCCGCGCUGAACUAGUCAACAUUGAGCGUGGAACGCAUGAUAUUAGAGGACUGAGCACGAGUGUUCGGCUGCUAAUGGAAGCGGAUGGUUUUGUGCUCAGGCGGCGGAUGACAGCGGACACAUCGGGCGGGGAAGCCACAGUGGCUGGCGCUUCUGCGGGCGCGGAGAUCCACUGGCUCGGCGGGAGAUUCUGGGGAGUUUCGGAUGGUCGCGUAGGGACGUUGGCACCUCGGAUAGCAGCAGAACCGGAGCUACACGUUGGACAUUUCUAUGGCCCCCAGGAGGCCAAUGAUAUCUCGGAACCGGACUAUGAGGGUCUCCCUCAGGGCGCCUCCACCAGCACUCACAUGUUAGCUGGGGCAGUCGCAGGAAUUAUGGAGCAUUGCCUGAUGUUUCCUAUUGAUUGUGUCAAGACCCGCAUGCAGAGCCUGCAGCCUGACCCGGCCGCUCGCUACCGUAAUGUGAUGGACGCUCUGCGGCGCAUCGUGAGGACAGAGGGCAUCUGGAGGCCAAUCAGAGGCCUGAAUGUGACAGCUGUAGGGGCAGGGCCAGCCCAUGCACUUUACUUUGCCUGCUAUGAAAGGUUGAAAAAGGUCCUCAGCGAUGUCAUCCAUCCAGGAGCAAACAGUCAUUUGGCGAACGGGGCCGCUGGAUGUGUUGCUACAUUGCUUCAUGAUGCUGCCAUGAAUCCAGCUGAAGUGGUGAAGCAGAGGAUGCAGAUGUACAACUCGCCAUACCAUGGCGUUCUGGACUGUGUACGCUGUGUGUGGCAGCGGGAGGGGGCGUUGGCCUUUUAUCGCAGUUACACCACUCAGCUCACCAUGAACGUGCCAUUCCAGGCACUGCACUUCAUGACCUACGAAUACCUGCAAGAGCUGCUCAACCCCCAAAGACAUUACAAACCCUCCUCCCACAUGGUGUCCGGCGCGCUGGCGGGGGCCAUCGCCGCCGCCGCGACCACACCACUGGACGUUUGCAAGACGCUGCUGAACACACAGGAGUCUCUGGCACUUAACCCUGUCAGCCAGAGCGGAAGUCAAAUCUCGGGCCUUGGCCAUGCCUUCCGGACUGUCUACAGGCUUGGCGGCCUGCCUGCUUAUUUCAAAGGCGUGCAGGCGAGGGUCAUAUACCAGAUGCCCUCCACUGCCAUCAGCUGGUCCGUCUAUGAGUUCUUCAAGUACGUUAUAACCAAACACCAGCACGAGAAGCGCAGGACCCAGAGGGAUGGAGAGAAGUAGCCACCCACGAACAGGCAGCAGCUGCCCUGACCUUGACUUUCUCUCUCGUCUCCGUUGCUCGCAGAACCACCACACAAGCACUCAAGCUGCAAAAGGAUUGAUUACUGUAUAACGAUACGCACAUAUUGAGUCCAAUCACGCAUGUCUGUUUACUUCCUUUCAGUGAGCAUUUAAAGGGAUAGAUCACCUAAAAAUAAUUAACUCAUGUUUUUCCCAAUCCAUAUUACUCUUUCUUCCAUGGAACUAAAAAGAAAAUGAUAUCCUCAGUUAUCAUUCACUUGCAUUGUAUGGAAAAAAGAUUAAAUGAAAGUGACUGAAGCUGACAUUCUACCUAACAUCUUCUUUUGUGGUCCAUGGAAGAAGAAAAGUCACGUGGAUUUGGAAUGACUUGAGCGCAAGUGAAUUAUAACAGUUUUCAUUUUUGGCCGAACUAUCCCUUUAUAAAACUGAUGCUUCCAUUUGUAAAUCAGCUAAUAAUCGUGACCCAAGUUCUCACUGUGACAGCUGAGAUUUUUGUUCAUGGCAUCAUCAAAGACGAAAAGUACAUUGCACUCUUUUAUCAGUCAGCCCACAAUACACGUUUGUGAUUCUUUAAAUCCCACAAGGGGGCGUCAGAGGCCUCAUCAGUGAGUGAAGUGAAAAUAUGUUAAUGAGGGAGAGGUCCAGUAAAUAUCUGGGUUGGAGUUUAUAGUCUCUAGACUUCUAGAAACUCUCCCUUCAUAUUAAUAUCUGAACCAUACAUAAGAGCAAAUCAGACUUUUAUUUUUCUAAUUGCCAGCCAAAAUACAUACGCAUAAUUGAAGACAUGGUAACACUUUACAAUAAGUUACAAAAAUGUGUUAAAAUAAAUUAAUCCAUCACAAACUAACAGUGAAAAAUGUUUUUGUUACUGCUUUAAUUUACAAAUAAACGAUUGUUUAAUUGUUAGUUAAUAUUAGUCCUUAAUGCAUUAAAGGGAGUUCACCCAAAAAGUAAAA